AUGAACGGGUAUCUUUGGAUAUUCAGUGAUAUCAUGGCCCACAUGUUUGCCAUUACAGCUAUCCAUGAUCCAAAUAUACUCAAACUAAAGGAAUUUCGCGCAUGUCAACGCAAAUUUAAGGCCGAGCACGAGAAACAACUGCUGGCUCUGGGCAAGGCCGCUACCCAACACAAGUACAAGAAGGCAGAAAAGAGCUAUCCCAGUGCAGCUCGAGUUAAAGAACUCAUCGGCAAAAUCAAGGAAACAGUGCUCAACAACUGGGUGGACAUCAGAAACGGUUUCCUCUGGCAGGAUCCAACUGGCUGGGGUUCCGUGCUGCUGAAGGACUUCAGGGUAUGUUGA